AUGGAACCUGGGCGAGAACGCACACAGGUUGGGAUGCAUCGGCAGUUUAUCGGGAUAUUAAAACGCGAGCGAUUUGGGGUUUGUGGUUGUACGAGGUGACCAGCCAUCUACCUGGACUCAGGGCAGAGGAGUGCAGUCUCGGGCUGCCAAGAAGACAGGAGUCGUGUUUGGUUGCCGGGCGGUGUGACUGACAGGAGACCCCUGCCCCGGCCCUCAGGCGGGGGACGGGUGAGGAGGGUGCAGUGAUGCUGGGCACGGUGGCGGAGAAGAGAGCGUCACUGGCAUCCUCGAAAGAGAAAUGGAGUCGGGUGGACAUGCAGGCCAUGCCCAGCACGAGAGUCAACGGCAAGGCCGGAAACCAUAAACAGGACGGUGUUCAGCAGUGGCUUCUUUCCAGCUGUCAGGAAAAGUCAGAAUCUCACCUGGAUGCUACAGAACCCCUGAAGAGAGGGACCAGCGGAGAAGAUGACUUAGUGCUGGGCGUAGAAGCCUCUUUAUAUGGUAAAACCCCCGAGCUCAAGACUCUUCGACAGCCCCUGUGGAGUAAACAAGUGGGGCCUCCCCUGUCCCGCUGGAACAGCCAGGCAUCUGCCUCUUCAGCACAUUCAACUCUCAGUGUGAUGGAUGUGCUGAACCUGUGGCACGAUGACCCAGAGGAGCUGCUCCUGGAGCUGGGAUUCGGCAGUGAGGAGCCCGACAUCUCGGUGAGGAUCCCUGCCCGCUUCAUCAACCACCAGUCCCGGGCCCGGGGCAUCAACAUACAGCUGUUCCUGGAGGCCCAGAAGAACCGCAUGGACCUGGAGAACCCGGACGUCAGCAAUCGGUUCAGGCAGUUGGAGGUCCUCCACCAGGUCACCUCUGCGUUCUCCGCCCUGGUCCCCGGGCCGCCCCCGGCUCCAGCCCCCGGCUCCAGCGCUGACCUCUCGGACGCGUCCCGCGACAGGAGGAGGAGGCUGGGCCAGCUCUUCCGCCGGGCCUCCAAAAAAACCCUCAGCACCACCCAGAGCCAGCCGCCUCCGCCCGGCAACCCGUCAGCCAAUCAGGAGCCCGACCCACACGACAUACGCCCCGCGCGGAAACACAGCCGCCCCGCCCCGCUCGAAGGCGCCCACCUGACCCCCCUGGCGGAGGAGCAGAGCCCCCACGCCUGUGAGCCCCCCGGGGGAGACCCCCCCAGGCCCCGGGACCCCCCCUGCGUGCCCCCCAGGUCUCCCCUCAGGAGGAAAAGCCCAGGGGGCACGAAGACCCCCGAAUCCUUCGAGAUAGAGGAGAUCCACAGCUUUGAUGAGGGCAGUGCUGGGCGGGGCGCGGCGGAGCUCGGAGAGGCUGCAGAGGCCAAGUUCAUGAGGACAAACAGCUGCCAGUCAGACAGCAGUGGCUUUCUGGAGGAACCUGUCAUCCCCAGUCUCUCCAUACAGACCUCACCUGUACCUGAGCUAAUGAAGGCUUUACAUAACCUUUCAGGAGACAGCACUGAUAGCCAGAACACUGUCAAAGAAAGUUCUGAUAUCCCCUAUGGCGUGGAUAGCCAGAACACUGUCAAGGAAAGUGCUGAUAUCCCCUCUGGCAUGGAUAGCCAGAUGACUGUCAAGGAAAGUGCUGAUAUUCCCUCCUAUAUGGAGAGCUAUAUGACUGUCAAAGAUUAUGCUGAUAUCCCAUAUGGCUCCAGCACUGUUAAAGAAAGUGCUGAUAUCCCCUACAAUAUGGAGAGUCAUAUGCCUGUCAAAGAAUAUGCUGAUAUUCCCUCUGACAUGGAUAGUCAGAUCACUGUUAAAGAAAGUACUGACAUCCCCUAUGAUACUGGCACUGUAAAAGAAAGUGCUGAUAUCCCCUAUAAUACCAACAGCCUAACUGAUGUCAAAGACAGCACUGCUAUCCCCAAUGGCAUGGAUAGCCAGAUCACUGUAAAAGAAAGUGCUGAUAUCCCCUAUAAUACCAACAGCCUAACUGAUGUCAAAGACAGCACUGAUAUCCCCAAUGGCAUGGAUAGCCAGAUCACUGUAAAAGAAAGUGCUGAUAUCCCCUAUAAUAUGGAGAGCCAUAUGACUGUCAAAGAAAAUGCUGAGAAUCCCAAUGGCAUGGAUAGCCAGAUCACUGUAAAAGAAAGUGCUGAUAUCCCCUAUAAUACCAACAGCCUAACUGAUGUCAAAGACAGCACUGAUAUCCCCUAUGGCAUGGAUAGCCAGAUCACUGUUAAACGAAGUACUGAUAUCCCCUAUGAUACUGGCACUGUAAAAGAAAGUGCUGAUAUCCCCUAUAAUAAUAACAGCCUAAUCGAUGUAAAAGACAGCGCUGAUAUCCCCUAUGGCAUGGAUAGCCAGAUCACUGUAAAUGAAAAUGUUUAUAUCCCCUUUUGCACGAGAAGCCAGAUCACUGCAAAUGGUGUGAUAAUCACUGAUUUCCCCUGUAACAUGAACAGCCCAAUCACUGUAAAAGAAUAUGCUGAUAUCUCCUACAACCCUGGCAGUCUGGUCAAUGUAAAACAAUAUCCUGACAUCCCCUACACCUACAGACUAAUCACUGUAGAAGAAUGUGCUGAUAUCUCCUAUAACACCAACAGCCUGAUUGAUGUAAAAGACAGCGCUGAUAUCUCGUAUAACACCAACAGCCUGAUUGAUGUAAAAGACAGCGCUGAUAUCUCCUAUAACACCAACAGCCUGAUUGAUGUAAAAGACAGCGCUGAUAUCUCUUAUAACACCAACAGCCUGAUUGAUGUAAAAGACAGCGCUGAUAUCUCUUACAACACCAACAGCCUGGUCGAUGUAAAAGACAGCGCUGAUAUCUCCUAUGACACCAACAACCUGAUUGAUGUAAAAGACACCGCUGACAUCCCGUAUAAAGUGGAUAGCCAGUCCACUGUAAACAAAUGUGCUGAUAUCCCAUACUACCCCUCCAGCCUGAUCCCUGUAGAAGAAUAUGCUGAUAUCCCCUACAGUGCAAAUAAUCAUAUUGGUGUGAAUGAAAACUCAGACCUCCUCGACAAUGCAGACAGCCAGGAAAACAUGGGAAAUAUCCUCUACAUAACAAAGUCUGGGAUCCCUCUGAUGGAAAACUUGGAAUUCCCCCACGUAAUGGACAGUAGGGACUCACUAAAGGAAAACUCCGACGUCCCCUACAGAACGGGCCUCCCCUGCUCCUCCUCCUAUGACCACCAGGGGGCAGCAUACUCACCACAGGCAGCAGGUCUGGAGUGUGACAGGACCACUGGGGAGGAGGGGAUUUCCCUAAAUCCUUUGGCGCAAACGGGAACUGGGUUUGUACCCGGCCAGACGUUCGAUGAGAGUGAGGACCCUAGGGCUGCAAGGACCAGUUUCGGAGAAAUGGAAACAGGAAGUGGAGCGGAUGAAUCUCCCGGUCCGGGAGAGCCAGUGGCCUUGCUCUGUUCCAGGUGCAGAGGCAGCCUCCGGACACAAGGGGGCAGUGUGGCGCCCAGAGCAGAAUCUGAGAGGGGGCGGGGCUGGUCAGAAGAAGGUGAAGCAGAGGCAGGUGGUGCGGAGUCGUUCAGACCGGAUUGGGCCAGUUUCGGCUCCUCUAAGUCGGUGUCGGUGCAGAUGCCCUCGUCCCUGCCCUCCGUCUCCCAGACGACGCGGCGGCGAUGCCCCGCCCCUCCGCUGGACCUGCGGCGGGAGAUGGCGGAUGCCCUGGCAGCGGCGGGAUCGCGCGGGCGGGGCCGGAAGCUGAGCCAGGGCCGGUCACAGAAGAGGUCGGCAUCGCUGGACACGGGCCUGGCGAGAGAGGAAGAGGACGAGGGGGAGGGGGAGGGGGAGGAAGAGGUGGGGCGCUGGGAAGCCGGGGCACACUGCUGCUGCGCCUGCGAGCACCGCUGCCCCAGCUGCUCCUGGUACUCCCACCGUCCUGCAGGAGAGCUCAACAGCGCCGCCCUGCAGCUCCUGCACAAAACUGCGUCCUGCUCCUCUCCGUUUACUUUCUCAUUGGACGAGCUGGAGGGGAUGAUGCGAUGCGUGCGCAGGUUCCGCUGCGUCCUGGAGGAGACGGGGCGUCAGCUGCAGGGGGAGGAGUCUCAGGUGUACAGCCACCUCUCCGACCUGGACAGGGAGGACGUGGCGUCCGUCCGGCAGCUACGCGCGGCAGUGAGGAAGGAGGCGGAGCUCCUGGAGACUCAGCUCGCCGAAUUGGCCAAUCACUGCGACACAGGGAUCACAACAAAGAUGCAAAGGCUCCUGGAUGAACAGUCUGAGCUCUGUUUGCAGCUGAGGAUCCCCUCUGAGCCCCUCCACUGGGGCCCCGUCCACAGCCACCGGGCCCCGCCCUGGGGCCCCGUCUCCCCCAGGCCCAGUGUGGGCACUCAGUGCUGCCUGCUCCCGGACCUGCUAGUGAGCAGCCCAUCCGCUACUGCAGCUCUGCCGGAGACGCAGUGCACCUCCCCACCACCAGGGGGCACUGUCACCCUGGAGCACGACGGCGCCCAGCAGACUCCGCCAGACAAACAGGACUUGCUGGCGUUUCUGGGUUUCUUUCAGAGUCUGAAGGAUUCCUUACGGCACUCGGUCAACAGUGACGGCGUGGAGUGACGGGACCGAUCCAGGGCAACGAAGAGGUGGUUUGUCAAGGAAGAUUGUUUCUUCUGCUCUAUUUAAACUGUUUUUUGGAAUGUAUUAUAUUUAUGAUAUAUAUUUUGCACUGUUCGAG